UCUGAUCAAUGGGAAAGCGGAGAGGAGCGAGGGGGCGGGGCGCGGGGCGAUGGAGGCGGAGGAGCUGCGUGUGGGGUUCGUGGGCGCCGGGAUGAUGGCGGGGGGCCUCGGCCGGGGGCUGCUGCGGGCAGGGAAGGUCCCUGCCAGCAACAUUGUUGUCAGCGCUCCCUCGGACCGCAACCUGGGAGUGUGGCGGGAGUGGGGCUGUCGCACCACGCAUUGCAACCUGGAGGUGCUACAGGAGAGCACAGUGGUUUUCCUGGCCACCAAGCCCCACGUGCUGCCCACAGUGCUGCAGGAGCUGCGUCCUGCUGUCACCCCCCAGCACCUCCUCAUCUCUCUGGCGGCCGGUGUCACCCUGCAGAAGCUGCAGCGGCUGCUCCCUGCAGGGACGAAGGUGCUGCGCCUGAUGCCCAAUCUGCCCUGCGUACUGCAGGUGGGAGCUGCCGUGUUCUCCCGUGGCACUGGGGUCAGGGAUGGGGAUGCAGAGCUGCUCCAGUCCCUGCUGUCCCCAUGUGGGCUGUGUGAGGAGGUCCCCGAGCCCUAUAUCAACAUCCACACUGGGCUCAGUGGCAGUGGUGUUGCCUACGUGUAUCUGUUCGCUGAAGCCAUGGCCGAGGGGGCUGUGAAGAUGGGGAUGCCGGUGGGCCUGGCCAGUAGGAUCACAGCCCAGACUCUGCUGGGCGCAGCGAAGAUGCUACUGGAGACCGGUGAGCACCCAGCAAAGCUUCGCGGGGACGUCUGCACACCUGGUGGGACCACCAUCCAUGGGUUGUACCAACUGGAGAAGGGCGCUUUGAGGGCCACUGUCAUGAAUGCAGUGCAAGCAGCCACUGAACGGGCGUGCGAAAUGGGGGAGGAUUAAUGGACAUCCCAUCUCAUCCUGUGGUGGUGAGGACCACAGCUCCUGGUGCCACCAAACCAAACCAUGGUGUCACCAAACUGAAGGCUGUUCACCCCAGACUAAAACAUGGUGCUACCAAACUGAAGCAUGGUGACCCCAAACUGAAGCCACCAAUCCAAAGCAUGGUGCCACCAAACUGAAGCAACCAAACUGAAGCCUGGUGACCCUAGACCGAAGCAUUCAUGACAGCAAACCGAAGCAUGGUGACCCCAGACUCAAGCACAAUGACACCAAACUGAAGAAUGGUGCCACCAAAGCAAAUCAUGUUGGCCAGCGAACCGAAGCCUGGUGACACCAGACUGAGGUAUGGUGACCCUAAACCAAAGCCUAGUUCCACCCGACCAAAGCCUGGUGAUCCCAAAUGGAAGCCACCAGACCAAAACUUGGUGACAUCAACCUCAAGACUGGUGCCACCAGACCAAACCAUGGUGACCCCAAACCAAAGCCCUAAAGGGUCCUUGAGCUUUCUGGGAGAUCCUCGCUGGAGGCGGGAGAUGCUGAAGUAUGUGGCCACCAUGGAGUGGGACCUAAUAAAAGUGGGCAGUGUGGUGGCAA